AUGGUUCUGACUAAGCCUGCACUCGGCGAAGACGUGCAGCUCGGCAUGCUACACGACGUCCGCAGCGGGCAGUUCUUCGCCGGCUUGUCGCUGUGGGACAACAACGUCAUCAACGCUAAGCAACAGGUCGAGGGCCAGCAGGUGCAGGAUCCUGAUUUCACUUACACCACUUCCCUGGAUGAUGCCCGUGUUUGGGCAGGCCUCGACUUGGAGGGUUGCCUCAAUCUGGAUUUAGGCAUCACCAAGGCCACGGGCUGGGCCAUGUACCUCAAGGACAACACAACCAACAUCUACGAGGCGCGAAUCGAUGUCUCAUUCCGGGUGGCCCGUCGCAUACGCCGCAUCCCGCAAAAUACCCUGUCCUUGAUGCAACACCAGCACAACCUUGACGACCCCCGGUUCACACACUUCGUUGCCGAGGUGGUUGAAGGCGGAAGUGCCACGCUCACCUUCGUACAGUCGUGUUCCUCGAGGGAGGAGGCCAAGACAGUUACGAGUCGACUCAAAACCGACAUAGCGAGCUUCCUGGUCGGGAUUGGCACGAGCUUUGACGUCGCCAGUCAGAGUGAGACCGACGCCGAAAACCUCAAGAUUUCCUACAGCGGCGCGAUGGCCGAGGAGGUCAUUGAUAUGGAGCAUGCUCGCGUCAUUGCCCGCGGAAUGCCGACAAAACUGGGACGCCAGUUGAACACGCUUUCUUAUACGCUCCUACCCAUCAGUGACCUCGAGAGUUCCGUGAGACGUGAGGUCCGUGCCAUUGAUGCCAAUCUUGUCGCCAAAGUGGCUGCGGUACUAAAGGCUGGCAGCACCGCAUGGACGGCCCUGACCAAUCUCGCUGAGAAAGAUGUGUUUCGCAUCUCCUUCCCCGCCAUUGAGAAACAGAUUCGAAAUUUCCAAGCCGCUUUCGCGGAGGCAAAAACAGGAUUCACAGCAUCGGCGCGCCGUAUUCUGCCGGAGCUUCGAGACGGCACUACGGAUUACAACACCACAAGCUCCGAGCUCCUAGCGGCUGCUGCUCUCUUCGAGCAGCGCACCAAACUCGCCGAGCAGUUCAUCGCCAAGAAACUCACCGAAGAGUUGGUGCUCGGUGAGACGGUUGCCUCUCUGCUGAAUGAUGGCUUCGAGAAUCGUCUCGGCCCCUUUACUACGACAUCCCUGGCCAAGACUGAGGCGCCCAGGCUGCUGCUGUCGUUCGGCGGUGCCUCAAUAAGUCGUUAUCAGCAUCCGCUCCAGAAGGAGCUGGCAUCGACCACGCUGGAUUCUGCCAGGUCGGGCAGCUUCGAUACACGUAGGAGCACUGCCGAUAGUGAGGACGACGAGGACGACGACGUGGAGGACGAAUGGUUCGAGAACCAACGCACUGUCGCCAACGUGAGGGAAGCCUGCGCGGCACUACGCCAGCAGCGCUUGUUCGCACCCCCAACUGUCAGCUUUGGAGUGUCGAGCAUUGAAAAGGCGUACCGCCCAGUUGCUGGAAGCGGCAAGAUGAAGCGGGUCAAGACUAUCCCGGGCGACAUCGUCCUCCAACAAGACGGCAGGCUCCUCAUUGUCACUAGUUUACUCCCCACAGCACCAGCAGCACCAAAGCUCGCAAUCAAGGAUCAACUUCUCACAGCGACUUGGUCUCGGGAACGGAGUGAAGCCGAAGAACUUGCUAUCCCGACUUCCGGCUUCACCAUUCGCUUCCGUCCUCUCCCCAACGCCUUGAAAGACGGGGCAUUUCCUCGUGCAACACCCAACGAAGCCUUCACCGAAAUCCUCUGCGACGCUGAGACAACCACUGUGGUAAUAGAUAAAAGCAACAACGGGGGAGUCAGCCUCCUUGACGACUGUGACUACGAAGUCACGCUUUGCGUCGAGACCCCUGUAGGGCCAUCGGCCCGAAGCAAGUGUGCUGUGGGCCGCACACUUAGGUUGCCUUCAGUCGCAUCCAGGAUGAUUGACUUUUACUUCAACGACAAGCAGAGACUGUCGUGUCAGAGGAGGGGAGCAACGCCGUGGGAACUCUACCAAACAGGCGGUAAAGAUUCUCUCUUCCUCGGCCUCUCGGUCAAGGCCGAGCGGCGUAGCACCCAGGAACCCUUCCUCGAUGAACUCGCAGUCCGUAUCGUCGAUGUUGCUGCCGAGUUUGAGCCCGAGAUUGAAGCUGCUCUCACGCAAGACCAGGACAACACUAUUGUGGUGGUUUUUGCGGGAACCAGUGGCCAUGGGAAGAGCACCGAGAUCAACGCCUUCAUCUCAUACCUACUGGGCGGUGAAGUAGACGACCCAGUACGCCUCAUGGUCAUCGACGACCGCGGCGCCAACCAAGCGCAGGCGGUGACGCAGUGCGUCACUUGCUACCGCAUCCGGCCCCUUUCUCCCUUGUUCGAGGGUAAGACGUUGCUUAUCGUUGAUACGCCCGGCUAUGGCGAUACGAGGGGCGUCGAACGCGAUGCCUUCGUCACUGCCGCCAUGUCCGAGUUCUUCAAGACCAUUGGGCACGUCAAUGCCAUCAUCUUCACAUGUCGAGCCAACGAGGUGCGCACCACGUUGCUCUCCCCAGUCUCUACGUAUGUCUUCUCGCUGUUCGCCAGGGAUGUCCAAGGCUGUCUCCGCACCAUCUACACCUUCAGCGACGCUGGAGCACCGCUGGCGCGUGCUGCACUCCAGGAACUACAGUGGCCUGUUCAAAAUGGCGAGGUGGAGGUCAACAAUGCCGCCUUCACCAUCGAAAUCGACAACCAGAACGUCGACAAACUUCGUGAUUGGUGGCUCAUGUCGGUCAAGGGCCAGUACCAGGUUAUGCAGAUGCUCUUGCGCAUGCCCCCUGUACCGACGGCACAAAGUGCUGCUGUGACCAAGACCCGCCUCACACUGGAACAAAAGUGCAAGCUGGUUGAGAAGAAGAUCCUCCGCACAGCCAACGACGCCCAAAACCUCAUAGCACGCUUGGAUGCCCUCGCGAACGCUGUGGGCGCCGCCCCGGGAGACAAGAUCUUGGUCAUACAGGACAAGUCGGUCGAAAAGCCCGUUCCAGGUGGCAAGGCGACUACGCUUUGCUUGGACUGCAAUUGGACAUGCCAUAAGAUCUGCGCCUACUCCGACAACGAAGAAAAAAAGUUAUGUGUGGCCAUGACCGGAGAUAAGUGCGACCAGUGCAAGGGGCGGUGCCACUGGACAAGACACAAGAAUGCACAGCACAUCAUAGUUGUCGAGCAGUUCUCGGAGUGGGUAGUGCCUGAGGACCUAAUCAAGCUCUGGAACACCAACAACAACACGCUCGAGGGUGCCCUCCUCAACGCCAUCAACACGUACCUCGCCCUUCAGGAAGAGCUACGGGACGACAUCCUCAUCCUGGCCCAGAUGACCGAAGUGCUCAAGAGUACGGCCCUGCUCCAUGACCCAACCGCGCUGCUGGGGUACAUCCAGACAUUGAUUCUGACAGCGAGGGCGCGCGGUGCACCACCAGAGCAGCUGCUCCAACUAACGACAGCCAAGAACACGCUCCUCCUAACCCUGGAGGUCCGGAAGAGGGGCGUGCAGGCCUCAGUCCAGUCCCAGGUCCUGCUCCAGGUGCUUGGCGCGGUGAGGGAGGAAAUGCACCGCCGCAUGAAGCUCCAGCCGCGCGAGCGUGCAACGGAGGAGGCGAAGUCGUGCAGUUUGUAUAACAAUCUGCGUGAGUGCCUGCCGCCUGAGAUCCAAAGUAAGGCGCCAGACCCGCUCAAGGUGAAGCGCGUGAACUGGAUGGGCCGCACCAUCGCGGGCGCGCUUUAUCCGGAGAACCUCCAAGCUGUCGUGAAACUGGUUCAGGUGGUGCUGAAAGAUGGUGGCGUUGUUGCGGCGCUUGCUGCUGCCAAUUGA